AUGUCGCCCACAGCGCGCUGGUCGCACCUCUUAUUGCUGUUAGCAACUUUCUCCAGCCAGAUCGCUGCAGCGUCGCCUCUCGCUGAGGAUUCGCAAUCUGUGCUACGGAGGCCCCAAGCAGAAGAACAACACCGUAAACUCACGGGCAAGUUCUUGCACAUCACAGAUUUCCACCCAGACCAAUACUACAAGGCACACUCGUCGACCGAAGCGGGACUGGCAUGCCAUCGCAAAAAGGGCCUCGCUGGAGUCUACGGCGCCGAGACGACGGACUGCGACUCACCAUUCUCGCUCGUCAAUGCGACAUUCAAUUGGAUCCAAGAGAAUAUCCGCGAUGACGUCGAUUUCGUGGUCUGGACAGGCGACUCGGCCCGGCACGACAGUGACGAGAAGUAUCCCAGGAGCGCUGCCGAGGUGUUGAGCACGAAUCAGAUGAUGGCUGAUAAAUUUGUCGACACAUUCGGAUCGAACCACGGGCGCAUGCAGAUCCCCGUGGUGCCGACGUGGGGAAACAACGACUUCCUACCGCACAAUAUCUUCUACCCGGGCCCCAAUCGAUGGCUGCGCAAGUACAGCGACAUAUGGAGGCGCUUCAUCCCCGAGGAGCAGCGCCACUCCUUUGAGUUUGGUGGCUGGUUCUGGUCAGAGGUCGUUCCCCAGAAGCUGGCCGUCUUCAGCCUGAACACCAUGUACUUCUUCGAUCGCAAUGCCGGCGUCGACGGCUGCGCCAGCCCCACCGAGCCCGGAUAUCAGCAUAUGGAGUGGCUGCGCGUCCAACUCGAGCUCUUCCGGCAGCGGGGCAUGAAGGCCAUCCUCAUCGGCCAUGUGCCUCCCGCGAGAACCUCGAGCAAGAAACUAUGGGAUGAGACAUGCUGGCAGAAGUAUACAUUGUGGUUGCACAAGUAUCGGGAUGUGGUGACCGGCUCUCUGUAUGGUCACAUGAACAUUGACCAUUUCCUACUCCAGGACACCAGGGAGGCGGACUUGGCCAUCAAUGCCCAAGCCCUGUCCGAGGAAAACGAUGACGCAAACAUGGCUGAGGAGGACGAUGAUGUUGACGCCCAGGACGACGAGGUAUCGGUGGCCUCGAAAGAAGACUACCUUCAAGAUCUUCGGAAAGGAUGGUUGAAAAUUCCAGGAGAUGCACUCAAGUCCGCGACCAAGGCCGACGUUGACUCCGAGAGCCAAGACAUUGAUGCUUCUCGGAAAAAAGGGAAGAAGAAGAAGCACAAGAAGAAGAAGAAGAAGAAGAAGGACAAGUUACACAAAAUUGGGGGCAAGUACGCCGAGAGGUACAUCUUGUCCUUUGUGAGCCCCAGCAUUGUGCCCAAUUACUUUCCGACGAUGCGAAUCAUCGAGUACAACGUCACAGGUCUGCAAGAUGCGGCGGUAUGGACCGACACCUUUGAUGAAACGGCGUACAAGCCCAUGUCGGUGGGCGGAGAUUGGUCAGACGACGAACUGAGCAGCCAAGACGCCAGGCAGCUACGGAACGACCUCCAGGCUGAGCGAAAGAAAAAGAAGAAGAAGCAUAAGAAACCAAACAAGCCAAAGGAUCCGAACCUGCAUCUCCCCGAGGACCCUCCCAAGGGUUCGACGCCCGGCCCGGCGUACUAUCCCCAGCCUCUCACCUUCACGGGUUACACGCAGUAUUUCGCAAAUCUGACACACAUCAACAACGACAUCGCCGCCCCGGACGCCGACAGCAACAAGUGGCGUGAUGGAGACCACCAAGACGACGAGCCCCAGUUUAGAAAACCCAAGCCCCGGCCCUUCAAGUUCGAGGUCGAGUACAGCACUUUUGACGACAAGAUCUACAAACUAGAUGACUUGACGGUCAUAAACUAUCUGAAGUUAGCGCAUCGCAUCGGAAAGAGAGAAAAGAAAAAGAAGAACAAGAAGAAGCACAAGGGGAAAGGCAAGGCGCUCUGGGACGGCACGGAGGAGGAGGACAAUGUGGAGUACGACAUGGACUAUUUUGACGCUGAGACGGACGAGGAUGAAGACGACGAAGACACUGAUUUCGAAGACGACACAGACGUUGAAGAAGACGACGCUCUGCAGCUUUUGCGCAAGGGCAAGAAGCACAAAAAGUCCAAGCACAAGAAGAACAAGGCCUGGCUUCACUUCCUCGACCACGCCUUUGUUCGGACGGUGCCGGAGGAGCAGCUCGAGAGGCUGUCAUGA